AUGGCUUCGCGACCUACCGUCUCUAUCAUCGGCAAAGAUGGUGCUCCCACGGGAGCCACCCAUCCCGUCCCUGCCGUCUUCACCAGCCCUAUCCGACCGGAUAUCGUGCAGCGAGUUCACACCGGCAUGGCCAAAAACAAGCGCCAGCCGUAUGCUGUGAGCGAGAAGGCUGGUCACCAGACUUCUGCCGAGUCCUGGGGAACUGGACGUGCUGUUGCUCGUAUCCCCCGUGUCUCUGGUGGUGGUACUCACCGUGCCGGUCAGGCUGCCUUUGGUAACAUGUGCCGAUCCGGCCGCAUGUUUGCCCCUACCAAGAUCUGGCGCAAGUGGCAUGUCAAGAUCAACCAGGGCCAGAAGUACGUUGUUCUCCCUCUGCACACGCAGUCAUUGUAUUUUUCUUCGCAAACUAACAAAACCACCCUCCUUCCCAGGCGCUACGCUACCUGCUCCGCCCUGGCCGCCUCCGCCGCCGCCCCUCUCCUGAUGGCCCGUGGCCACGAAAUCAUGACUGUCGCCGAGGUGCCCCUCGUCGUUGACAGCGCCCUCUUCGACGCCGCGGCCGUCUCCCGCACCGCCUCGGCCCUGGCCCUCCUCAAGGCCGUCGGCGCCGGCCCCGACGUUGAAAAGGCCAAGAACUCCAAGAAGCUGCGCGCCGGCAAGGGCAAGCUUCGCGGCCGCCGCCACCGCCAGCGCCGCGGACCCCUCGUCGUCUACAACCCCGAGGUGGACGGCAAGGAGCUCGUCAAGGCCUUCCGCAACAUCCCCGGCGUCGAGACCUCGCCCGUCUCGGCCCUCAACCUCCUCCAGCUCGCCCCCGGCGGCCACCUGGGCCGCUUCAUCGUCUGGACCUCGUCCGCCUUCAAGGCCCUCGACGACAUCUACGGCUCCACCACCGAGGCCUCGGCCCACAAGCGCGACUUCUUCCUGCCCUCCAACGUCGUCUCCCAGGCCGACCUCACCCGUCUCAUCAACUCUUCUGAAAUCCAGAGCUCCCUCAACGCUCCCAAGGGCGAGGCCGUCACCCGCCGCUCCGCCGUGCAGAAGAAGAACCCUCUGCGCAACAAGCAGGUUAUGCUGCGUCUGAACCCCUACGCCUCCGUGUUUGCAAAGGAGUCUCAGAAGAAGCAGUAA